AUGUCUUUCAAAGAUUUAUUGAUUGAGGUGGGCCCAGAAAACUUAUUACCCGAGAAGCUCCUUACCCAAGUACUUCAGAUUAGACAAGAUGAUGCGGACUCCAGUGUUGCCUUGAUUUUAGCUGAAGUCCUCAUUCCUGGCUCCCAGGGUCUCUCCACCACCAAUGGUGGGGUCACUGCAUUAACCUUUGUCAAUAAUUUACCGGAAGCAAAUGCCAAAGGCGCGCAAUUGCAAACGUGCUUGAAGUCUGUUGAUUCCAACAAUGUCUUAAAUUGGUUUAAUGUGUUCGCGAAGGUUCAAGAGUAUUUGUUCGAUGCAUCGAAGCGCAACAGCCAGCCUUCAGUUGCAAGUAUCACGCAACUUUUGUCAUCUCUUGAUUUCAAAAAAGGUCUUAUUGACAUCUUCUUGAGUUACGAGUGGUGGUUUGACAAAACCCUCUUGUAUAUGCUACAAUCGAUGCACACCCAACAAGGCGCAUUUGAUAUUUUGAACCUGAAGACCCUUACUCUCUGUUACGAAGAUGAGGUCAGUGUUGAACCGGAGCUUUUGAGAUUUAUCAACAUCGCAAAACUCGAAGUUCAGGUCAUGGCUAAGAUCAACUCACAAAGUCCUCAUCAGAACAAGAUGCAAUCUGAGGGCGACAAAAAACUCAAUUCUUGGCUCACACAAUUUUUUGAUUUGCAUUGCAGAGCGGAGCCCCACCAUGUCAUUGCUGGUGCAUUGUCAAUCCCUGAUAAGAACGGAUUUAUUCUCGAUCGCAUUGACAGAAUCUUCGCUUUUAUGAUGGACAGGCCACUUGUCGACUCCAAUUUGGCCCAAUUGGAAAAGGUACUUGAGCGUUUCAAAGAAUUGGAUAUCCAGUUAGCAAUCGCCAAGCUUAUUGAGUAUUAUACCAAUAGAAUGACUUCAGAGGCCUUGCACAAAGUAAUCUUGGCCUCGGCGUCUUUUGGUUUACUCGAUGACUUGCUCAAGAAGGCCAACUCCAUGACGUACAACUUGUAUUUGACAUUUGUUAUUGAGGCCACGAGUUUCGGAUAUGAUUGCAAGUCGGUAAUUGAGAACGAUCUUAAGGUCACUAAGAUGAAGCAAACCGUCUAUUCUUCUCUUCUCGAGAUUUUGGAAACAAAGACGGCUCAAGAUUUUGAGCUAGGCCAACAGCUCCAACAGCAACAACAGCAAGGAACUAUCGAGCUUCGUCCAAACAACAAAGCAUUAAAGGUCUCGGUUGUGCACUAUUUGUUGGAGGUUCUCAAGGGAUCCCAAGGUUUAGUUGAUUCUGACCGGUUGAAAAACUUGCAGUUGUCGCUAUUAACUACUUACCCACGUCUUAUCAACUUUGGUACUGGACAUGACGCUGCAAUCUUGGCUAAUGAGGAAAAGUAUGCCAACGUUUUCCCAACCCAGGUUGAACAGGAAAUGAAGGCUUACUAUUCGAAGAUGUACAACAAAGAAAUGGAAAUUAAGGAAAUUGUUGACAUGCUUGUUCGGAUGAAGGUGAGUGAUGUACCACACGAUCAGGACGUGUUUUCAUGUAUGAUACACCUGUUGAUCGAUGAGUACAGAUUCUUUUCAGAGUACCCAUUGACCGCAUUGGCCUCUACUUCUUUGUUGUUUGGUGCUCUCUUACAGAGAGAUUUGAUCCAGGGUACCACUCUUACUGUCGCUCUCAAUUUCAUUUGGGAAUCAUGCAACCAACCGCAGGAUUCUCACUUGUUCAAGUUUGCUGUUCAGUCUUUAUACAACUUCAAAUCUAGAUUGCAUGAGUAUCCAAUUUAUUGCAAACAUCUUUUGAAGUGCCAAUCUUUGUCUGCUCAUGCGAGAAUGUACCAGAUUGUGAAGGAUGCGUCCAAUGGUAUUGCAUGCCCUGAUGCAGCACCUGCUCAAUCUUCAGCUACCGAGAACGCCAUCCCAGCCAAGGAUGAGAACGCUGUUGUUUACAAUUCGAUAUCAGCUGUCAGAAAGACAAUUGGCUUCGUAUCUCAAGAAGAUCCCAGUGAAGUUGUUUCAGACAAACUCUUAUUCUUUGUGAACAAUAUGACUGCUGACAACAUGAGAGGAAAGCUUGCGGAAGUCAGUGAUUCACUUGAGGAAAGGUAUUUCGCUUGGUUUGCUAAUUAUCUAGUCACCGAGAGAGCCAAGUCGGAGCCCAACAAUCAUGCAUUGUAUUCAAGUUUGGUAUUUGCAUUGAACAAUGCAAUUUUCUACGAGUACGUCUUAAAUACUACUCUUCUUGAGGUGGAUCAUCUCCUAAAGGUUUUCAAGGACACGUCCAUGGAACGUUCAAAUUUGAAAAACCUUGGUGCCUGGUUAGGAAGAAUUACUUUGGCGAACGAUAGACCUUUAAAGAGAGAUCAGGUUGCUUUGAAGUACAUGUUGGUGGAAGCUUUUGAUUUCAAGACUUUGCAUUUAAUUAUUCCAUUCGUAUGUAAGAUCUUGGAUCAGGCAAGCCAUUCGAAGGUGUUCAGACCCCCAAAUCCAUGGGUUCUUGGUAUCAUCAAGGUCUUAGUUGAGCUCUAUGAGUGUGCGGACUUGAAGUUGAACUUGAAGUUUGAGAUUGAAGUUUUGUUGAAUUCCUUUGACAUGACAGUCAAGGAUGUGGAGGCUUCUACCCUUGUACGUUCUCAUAAUCCAAAACCAGAGGCAUUGGCUGCCAUGUUUGGUAUCAGGUCGGAGCCUAAUAUGCUCCAGGGUGAUAUGACGAAGAUGCCAUUUGAGAAUCCUGAUCACAACUUACAAAUGCAACAACACUUGCAACAACAAGCCGCUUUGAUGCAACAGCAGCAACAACAGCAGCAGGUUUUGCAACAACAAUCUCAGCAGCACCUGCUCAAGCAACAGGGUAGACAAAUGGAGGAUAGAGCCGUUCCACCUGGCAGCAACCAAUUGGAUGCUUCGUUCAGAAACUUGUCGGGAAAUACUGUUUUUACCCAGAACCCAAAUUUGAGACGUGCUUUCCAAGCCUCCCUAGCUCGUGCUGUUAGAGAAUGUGCGGUCCCAAUCUUGAGUCGUGUCUCCGAGGCUGUUUUGACAACUACUGAGGCAUUGGUGAAGAAGGAUUUUGCUACGGAAGCUGAUGUGACUAAGUUUAGAAACAGCUACCAGAUCAUGGCUCAGCAGCUAGCUCAUGCUAUGGUCGUCUGCAGUGGUAGAAAGAUAUUGACUGAAACAAUUGAAGCUACCAUGCUCCAAUUGUUGGGCAAUCAAGUCAAUCUCAAUGAGAUGCCAUUGGCUGAAUUGAAUCUUGCAAUUCAAUCAAACGUGGAUCUAUGUGUUGAAAUUAUUGAGAAAUUGGCAGCAAGCAAUAUCAGUGAAUUGAUUGAUGAACGUAUGCACCCUCAAAUCCUUGCUCGUGAGCGCAAUCCGGCUGGAAAGCCAUUUGUGGAGAACGGCACUUCUGAGUAUUCUUUGCAGUUGCCACCUCCGCUCGGAUUACAACCAGAUGGCCUUAGGGAUUCUCAGUACAGCAUAUAUACUGACUUCGGAACCAAUGCCUUCAUUAUUCGUGCUGAUCAAGCCCAGCAGCAACAAUCUCAACAGACCCAGCAGCAACAGCAAACUCUACCACCUCAACCUGAGAGAGCGGGUCAGCAGCAAGCAUUACAGAAUCCAUUGACUCAACAGGGUCAAGCUGUGCGUGCUGCUCCUCAGCUUCAGCAAGAUGGUCUUGUUGCUGGUCAAUUGACUCCUCAACAACCAGUUGCUUCUUUACAGCAAGACGAUUUUGCCUCAAUGGAUCAGCUUUUCAAUAUAAUUACUCAGAUGUGCGAGAAAUCUAUUCAAAUGUUAUCUGGUGUUAAGGAAACAAGCUUGAGUGAACUUGGCGCUGACCAUCCGAUCUUACAAGCCCUCACACAAGCUUUGACUCUUUGCCAGAACAACGCUUUGAAGCACCCAGAGUUGUUGUUGAAGGUUGCACAAUAUGCAGUGAACUGCUUGUUCACUCAAGUUCACGAGAACCCAAUGAGCAAUGAAAUUUAUGUUGUUAUCUUGGACAAGUUGUGUGAGUAUUCCCCUUCAACAGCAAAGGACGUUACUUGGUGGAUGGUCCAUUCUGUUGACCAAAGAAAAUUCAAUAUGCCAGUUAUUUUCUCCUUAUUGAAAGUCCAAUUGGUUUCUGCACUAAAGCUUGAUAGCUCAAUUGGAAAGCUUAUUGCUGAAUCCAGUAACCCGUCCAUUGUGAAGUUUGCAUCUAGUUUGUUGUUGAAUGUUUUCAGUUCUGACUCAAUUAGGCCAAUUGCUUUGAGAUCUGAAUUCGCUUGUACAAUUGAGGCAUUACAUGCGUACGUUCCAGGAGACUCCGAGGAACACCGUGCAAGUUCUCUUGCUCGUGAUGAGUUAUUCACUUUACUUCUUGAAUCAAAGCACCCUGCCGUAAUUAGUGAAACCGGGUCUCCUGGGGCUUAUAUUCAAAUGGGAUACGUGUUCACCGAAUGGGUCAAGCUUUUGGGACAUGGAGAAGAUAUCGCAGGGUUACAAAAUGCGUUCAUAGAGGGUCUAUUCAAGAACGGUAUCCUCACUGAACCAGAGAAGUUCGAGCUUUUCUUUAAGGCCGCCCUUGAAAUCUCCACUGCAGCCUUCGCUACCGAACAUGAGAUCAGAAGUCGCACUCAGAGGGAAACUUAUCUCACGGUUGACUGUCUUGCCCUCCUUAUUGUCAAAAUCAUCUUGCGCUUUAGCAAGAGUCAUAUUGAUGAUGCUAUCGAGUAUCUUAAGAACAUCAUGAGUAUUGUACUUCUUGUGAUGACCAACGAGCACGAGGUAUCAAAAACCACUUGGAAUGAAAGAGCAUACUUCAAACUCUUCUCCUCCAUUUUCUGCGGUUGGUGUGAUGCUUCCGUGUUCGAUGGAGAUUCAACGAAGCAUUUGGACUCUCAAUUCUUUAUAACUAUGGGAGAGAUAUUGUAUUCCCUUCAACCUAUCGUUUACCCUGGCUUCACAUUCGCAUGGAUCUCUUUGAUUUCACACCGUAUGUUUUUGCCUAAGGUUCUAGGUUUGUCCAAUCAUGAAGGAUACGGUGUUGCUGUAAAACUCUUGACAGCACUUUUAAAGUUCCAGAACAUCUACUCGAAGGACGAAGUUGUUCAUCACGAUGUCAUCAAUGUCAUAUUUAAAGCCAUCAACCGUCUCUUCACAGCAUUGGCGCAUGAUGAACCAGAAUUUCUAGUCGCAUGUCAUUACCAGCUAGUUUCUGCGGUUCCUCCUAGUUACAUACAACUUGGAAACAUCAUCUUGUCUGCAACUCCUAAAUCAGUUGCCGUAGUGGAUCAAUUCUCUUCCAAGCUUCUGGUGGACUCGAUCCCAAACUCGGACACUGCUCCGGAGGUUUAUUAUGCACCUAUGGAUGAUUUGAGUAAGGUCGGGUUGAAGAAGCCUACGGAGAACUUCUUGCGGAUUCCAGCACCGGCAUUGAUGCGCUCGAUAUAUGGUGGAACAAAGCUCAAUCACCCCAAAGAGUUGACAGAGUUUGGAUUCGAUGUCGUUAGUUUCAAUGUGAAGCUCAUCAACGCUUUGAUCUUGCAUAUUGGAAUGUCGGCAGUUGAGGAUCGAGUGCCAGCUAACAGCAAACUGUUCAACGUCAAGUCGUCCCAGGCAUCAUUGGUUAUUGAUCUUUUGAACCAAGGUACUACAGAGUUUAGAUACCACGUCGUUGCAGCAAUUGCUAACCAAUUGCGUUAUCCAAAUAGCCAUACGCAAUGGUUUAUUAGCCUUGCAUUGCAUCUUUUUGGCACUGAAAGCAUCUGGCAAACUGUUGAAGUGCACACAGAGAUCCAGGAGCUCAUGACUCGUGUGUUGCUCGAGAGACAGCUUGUCAACCGGCCACAUCCAUGGGGCUUGUCAUUGGUGUUGGCCGAGAUUUUGAGAAACAGCCAAUACAAGUUCCACUCCUUGCCAUUUGUCAAGUCGGCCACCCCAGAAAUGAAGAUUUUGUUUGAGGCAUUGUCCAGAAACAUAAAAGCAUGA